CACCCGUAUCAAAAUAAAUAUCUGUCACUCAGAUGUAAGGAGAAUUAAGGUUAAACAACUUCAUAUAACCUUUUUUAUUGUUAGUUAUUACUUUUACAAAAAAAGAAGCUAUCAUAUACCUAUUUAUAAUGGCAGCUUUAGCAGGUGAAACUCGAGCAAUACUCUAUGGAUUCUGGCUCUCAUCUUGUUCAUGGCGCGUUCGCGCGACGCUGGCUUACAAACAAAUCCCAUUCGAAGAGAAAUCGAUUGAUAUCGUCAAACAGCGCACGCAAAUGACUGACGAGUACCGGAAACUGAACCCGUCGCAAAAAGUCCCAGCUUUGAUUAUCGAUGACACAACUCUAGUAGAAUCGAUGGCUAUUCUUCAGUACUUAGAGGAAACACGGCGAACUCCCAGCCUCCUGCCGAACACUCCGCUCCUAAGGGCCCGCAUGAGAGAAAUUUGUGAGACGAUAGUAUCAGGGAUUCAGCCGCUACAAAAUAUUGGACUGAAACCCCAUUUCAGCAUUGAAGAACAAUACUCAGUAUUUACUAAGUAUUGGACCCGAAGAGGAUUACAAACACUUGAAGACUUGCUACAAAAAACAUCUGGAAGUUACUGUGUCGGAGAUCAAUUGAGCAUGGCUGAUCUUUGCCUGGUACCACAGUUAUACAACGCAGUUACAAGACAUCAAUUAAAACUGGAGGAGUAUACGACGGUUUCGAAACUUUACGAGACGCUGUUAAAAGAAAAAUGUUUAAGCGACACCCACCCGGAGAAAAUUAGAUUGAAGAAAGUAACUGAAUAAAUCUCUACUUACGAUCAUACCUA